AAGUCCCGGUAAUUAGCUUUUGCAAAUCAAACACUUCUAAAUAUUGUAUUGUAUUCUGAAUCACGAUCAAAUCAAGCUUUCUUCCGAUUUAAAAAAAUCAUUCAUUGCUUUCAAAGAACAGUGUGUAUUAAUUUCUCCAUAUAUUUUUCGGAUUUUAUUUGAUUAACGUCGAAGCAAAAUAAAUUAAUUUUGAUAAUAAUUAGUAAUCGAUAGAAAUAAAGUAAUAAUAAUACUAUAUAGCAUUUGAAUUGUAAAGAGCAAAAACCCUAACAUUAAGAAAUGGAAAAGGAAGAAGAAGAUCGUAGAAGAGAAGCAGCAAUUUCAUCAUCACCUUGUUUACAACCCAAUUUCAAUCCCAAAGGCGUUACUCAGGAUCAACUUUCCAAGUUUCGUGAACUGCAUAGGAAGCGAUUACAACUAAAGUCUAAAUCAAAGUUUAAGACAAAACCCAAAGAUGAGUCCAAGAGGAAGGCAAAAGGAAAUGAUCCAUAUAGAAACAACAGUGGAGCUCAAGGAUUCAAAGUUGAUAACGAAGAACAAAGCAUCUUGAAUAAUCUCGAAAGCUUUGAUUUGAGAAAUGAAGACUCUAAGAGUGGUGCAUCUGUUCCUUCUACAUCAAAAAAGCAAAAAUUGCAUUGGGGGCUUGAUACCAAGGAGAGGUGGGAGAGGAAAUCCAACAUGUAGAUAUCACCAUGAAUCUGAAAUGGCAAAUCCAUCAAGAUUUGUCAAAAUAUAUUGUAAAUUAGUGUAUUAGGUAUCAACUUUUGGGGCUUAAGUUGAGAUGUAUAAUCAUGAUUCUCCACAACUUUUUUGGGCAAAAAUUUAUCAUAUCACUAAUGUGUGAUACUUAAUUUAGUAUAA